GAAAAUGGCUUCUUCCAGCUCUUACAAUUCACCCUGUGCUGCUUGCAAAUUGUUGAGGAGGAAAUGCACGCCGGGCUGCAUCUUUGCACCUUACUUUCCACCGGAAGAGCCCCAAAAGUUUGUGAAUGUUCACAAGAUCUUUGGAGCGAGCAACGUGACCAAGCUCCUCAACGAGCUCCUCCCUCACCAAAGAGAGGACGCGGUGAAUUCUCUUGCCUAUGAAGAUGAGGCGAGAGUAAGAGACCCGAUUUACGGCUGCGUUGGUGCCAUCACUUUCCUUCAGAGACAAGUCCAAAGGCUCCAGAAAGAACUUGAUGCAGCUAACGCGGACUUGAUCCGCUACGCUUGCAACGACAUCACAACAUCCUUGUCUCAAGCGCCGGGGACGAGCUCAUUUCAACCGCUCACUCCCCGUAACAGGUUAGAUGAAUUUAACAGAAGAAAUAUUGACAAUGAAGGAGGAGGAUUCUAUCAGGUCCCUGCUGCUCUUCCUUAUUCUUUUCCUUGGAAUGAUACCUCUUCGGGUGAUCUCAACGAUGGAGGAGGAGAAGGCGGCCUGUGA